UGCAGCCGAGUACCGGCCACAAUCACAGCUCUCAGCAGAGGGGGAGCCAGAUCCGGGCGUGCCUGGGCAAUCUGUGCUGAGUCUGUCUCCUUUCCAUCCCUGCAGCACUUUCAGAGCCUUAAGUUUUGCAGCGAGAGAGAAGGGGGGUGGAAAUCUCUGUAAAAAUGGCAGGGGCAAUUAUAGAAAACAUGAGCACUAAAAAGCUGUGCAUUGUUGGAGGGAUCUUACUGAUUUUCCAAGUCAUCGCCUUUCUAGUGGGAGGUCUGAUUGCUCCAAGUCCCACUACAGCUAUGCACUACGUGUCAAUAAAAUGUGUAGAUGUACGGAAAAACCACCACAAAACCAAGUGGCUAAUGCCUUGGGGUUCCAACCCGUGUGAGAAGAUCCGAGAUCUUGACGAGGCAAUGAGCAGACAAAUAGAAGCCAAUGACAUUGUGUUUGCUGUUCACAUCCCCCUCCCCAACAAGGAGAUGAGUCCCUGGUUCCAGUUCAUACUUGUUAUCCUGCAGCUGGACAUUGCAUUCAAGAAAAAUAAUGAGAUAAAAGACAAUGCAGAAGUUACGCUUGAUGUGUCCUUGGCCUAUCGUGAUGACAUGUUCAGUGAAUGGAAAGAAAUGGCACAUGCGAUAGAGACCCGAAAGCUAAAAUGUUCUUUUGCCUCUCCAAAAACCAUAGAGCAUGAAGGCCGACACUAUGACUGUGAUGCGCUCACUUUCAUGGAAAUUGGAACUGUGGCUCACAAAUUCUACCUCCUCAACAUUCGACUCCCUGUGAAUGAAAGGAAACAAAUUAAUGUGGGAAUUGGGGAAAUAAAGGAUGUUCGCCUGGUGAGUAUCCAUCAAAAUGGAGGUUUUACAAAGGUGUGGUUUGCAAUGAAAACCUUCCUCACGCCCAGCAUCUUCAUCAUCAUGGUUUGGUAUUGGAGACGGAUCACGAUGAUGACACGCGCUCCUGUCCUGCUGGAAAAGGUAAUCUUUGCUCUUGGGAUCUCCAUGACGUUCAUAAAUAUUCCAGUAGAGUGGUUUUCCAUUGGCUUUGACUGGACUUGGAUGUUGCUCUUUGGAGAUAUUCGACAAGGACUCUUCUAUGCCAUGCUUCUGUCAUUUUGGAUAAUCUUUUGUGGCGAGCACAUGAUGGAUCAAAAUGAACGAAAUCGUCUUUCUGGGUACUGGAAACAGGUUGGGCCCAUAGCUGUUGGUGCCUUCUGCCUUUUCAUCUUUGACAUGUGUGAGAGAGGGGUACAACUGAAAAAUCCAUUCUACAGUAUCUGGACCACAGAUGUUGGCACGGAGCUGGCUAUGGCAUUUAUUAUAGUGGCAGGAAUCUGCCUUUGCCUCUACUUCCUGUUUUUGUGUUUCAUGGUGUUUCAAGUGUUCAGAAACAUUAGUGGGAAACAAUCCAGCCUCCCAGCAAUGAGCCAGGCUCGCAGGCUUCAUUAUGAGGGGCUGAUUUUUAGGUUCAAGUUCUUGAUGCUCAUCACUCUGGCCUGUGCAGCAAUGACUAUUAUCUUCUUCAUUGUCAGUCAGGUGACUGAAGGCCAUUGGAAGUGGGGGGACUUCACAGUACAGGGGAACAGUGCCUUCUUCACAGGCAUCUAUGGGAUGUGGAACCUCUACGUCUUCGCUCUUAUGUUCCUAUAUGCUCCAUCACACAAGAAUUAUGGUGAAGAUCAAUCAAAUGGUGACCUCGGAGUAAGUAGUGGGGAGGAGCUUCAGCUCACCACCACCAUCACCCAUGUGGAUGGACCAACUGAGGUUUACAAGCUGGCUCGCAAGGAGGCUCAGGAAUAACUCCUGGAACACCUCACUUGGGACAAACACAAUGAAGUACAAUACACAGAUUGAGACAACAUCCUCCUUGAGCAGACAUCAGAAAUAACUCGCUCUACAAAUGCCCAGUAUUUAUAGUGUGCUCACUGAGCAGUGGAACUAAAAUAGAACCUUUAUAAACUCUUUUAAUAUGGUGUCGUUAUCUCUGGGGGAGGGCAGGAUAUGUAUUCUAUAUUUUACAGACAUGCUAAACGAACACUAUAAGGAUGCAAAGUGAAACGUUCGAAGAGUUAAAAGCCAGGAUUAAUUUUGCCUGUGGAAUCUUAAUUUGGCUUCUUGUGUGUAUGCAGGAUGAUAGUUUUUAAUUACUGGGGUUUUUUUCACAGGUCUCUUGCCUCAUUCAAUGCACAAAAUACAGUGCUCACUUAAGAAGAGGUGUUUAGUAUUUUUUGUUU